AUGAGUACACUACCUGUACCAGCACCUGCCAUGGAGCAUCGCAGUAUAAAGGUUCAAGUUCGGCCCGAAGAAUCUUCACGUCGACGUAAUGCCGCUGUUGCUCUGCUUCAUGAUACUGGGACCGUCUUUCCCACCGUUUGCAUAUCCCGAAACCCGCAACCGUCAAGCCUGUUUGACAUCCGUACCGCGACAUCCUGCCAAGGGAACGCCUUCAUACAGCCAAUUCCUAACAUCGGCCAGCGCAUUUCCAACACUGUAAACAUACUCUAG